UAGCUUUAAGUCGUUGCUCUCAGCUGCCCAUAACAGUAGCUUUGCGUUGUGUCUGCUGACCUUUUUACGACCUAAAACAAUCUUUAAAUAAUUUUUAAUCCACCGGUGGCCGUCCUUUGAUGGGAAUUACCUCCAGGAUGAUUCCUACCGAGGACGCGUCCGCCAGGAAGCGGGAGAUAGAGGAGAAACUGAGGCAGGAACAAGAGACGCUGUCAUUCAUCCGGGAAAACCUGGAGAAGAGCGAUCAGCUGACCAAGGGCAUGGUCUCCAUCCUGUCGUCGUUCGAGAGUCGCCUGAUGCAGCUGGAGAACUCCAUCAUCCCCGUCCACAAGCAGACGGAGAACCUGCAGCGUCUGCAGGAGAACGUGGACAAGACCCUGUCCUGCAUGGAUCACGUCAUCAGUUACUACCAUGUGGCCAAAGACACGGACCGCAUCAUCAGAGAGGGGCCGACGGGCAGACUGGACGAGUAUCUCGCUUGUAUUGCAAAGAUUCAGAAAGCUGUGGAAUAUUUUCAAGACAACAACCCGGACAGCCCCGAACUCAACACAGUGAAAGCGCGCUUCGAGAAAGGCAAAGAGCUGCUGGAGGCGGAGUUCCGCAGCCUCCUGACUCGCUACAGUAAACCCGUCCCGCCCAUCCUAAUCCUGGACGCCAUCAGUGUGGACGAGGAGCUGGAGGUUCAGGAGGACGUGGUGCUGGAACACCUGCCCGAAGCCGUGCUCCAGGACGUCAUCUGCAUCGCCGGCUGGCUGGUGGAGUACGGACGCAACCAGGAUUUCAUGAACGUCUACUUCCAGAUCAGGUCCAACCAGCUGGAUCGCUCCAUCAAAGGCCUCAAAGAUCACUUCCGCAAGAACAGCGCCUCCUCCGGGAUCCUCUACUCCCCCGCCGUCCAAACCAAACGCAAGGACACGCCCACCAAAAAGGCGCCCAAGAGACCAGUCUACAUCCCAGGGACCAUUCGCAAGGCUCAGAACCUUCUGAAACAGUACUCACAGCAUGGGCUGGAUGGGAAAAAGGGGGGCUCUAACCUCACUCCUUUGGAAGGAAAAGACGACGUUCUGGACAUCGAGAUCGACUCCUACAUCCACUGCAUCAGUGCCUUCGUUAAGCUGGCUCAGAGCGAGUACGCCCUGCUGACCGAGAUCAUCCCCGAGCACCACCAGAAGAAAACCUUCGACUCGCUCAUUCAGGAAGCGCUGGACAACCUGAUGCUGGAGGGGGACAACAUCGUGUCCGCAGCUCGCAGGGCCAUAAUGCGCCACGACUACUCAGCCGUGCUCACCAUCUUCCCCAUCCUGCGACACCUGAAGAUGAACAAGUCUGAGUUCGACUCCACGCUGCAGGGAACAGCAGCGAGCACCAAGAACAAGCUGCCGACACUCAUCACCUCCAUGGAGACCAUCGGAGCCAAAGCUCUGGAGGAGUUUGCAGACAGCAUCAAGAAUGAUCCCGAUAAAGAGUACAACAUGCCCAAGGAUGGAACGGUCCACGAACUGACCAGCAAUGCCAUCCUCUUCCUGCAGCAGCUGCUGGACUUCCACGAGACCGCCGGAGCCAUGCUGGCCUCACAAGAGACGAGUUCAUCAGCGAGCAGCUACACCUCCGAGUUCAACAAAAGGCUCCUCAGUACUUAUAUUUGUAAAGUUUUGGGAAACUUGCAGCUGAACUUGCUCAGUAAAUCCAAAGUGUACGAGGAUUCGGCUCUGAGCGCCAUUUUCCUGCACAACAAUUACAACUACAUCCUCAAGUCACUGGAGAAGUCGGAGCUGAUCCAGCUGGUAACAGUGACUCAGAAGAAAGCCGAGAGUUCGUACAGAGAGCUGAUCGAGCAGCAGAUCCAGAUGUACCAGCGCAGCUGGUUGAAAGUCACAGAGCACCUGACGGACAGGAACAUGCCCGUCUUCCAACCUGGCACCAAGCUGAAAGACAAAGAGCGACAGGUGAUUAAAGACAAAUUCAAGGGUUUUAACGACGGCCUGGAGGAGCUGUGUAAGAUCCAGAAAGGCUGGGCAAUCCCCGACAAAGAGCAGAGAGACUUCAUCCGUCAGGCUCAGAGGAGAGUGGUGUCCGACGCCUACAGAGCCUUCCUGCACAGAUGUGCCAACAUCUCUUUCACCAAGAACCCUGAGAAGUACCACAAGUAUCGUCCGGAGGAGGUGGAGGAGAUGAUCGAGAGGCUGUUCGACACGUCGGCCUGAGCUGCACUUUGACCCUGAGCUCCACAGCGUCUCCUCUCACUCUGCUGUCUCUCUCUCUGUGUCUGACCGGCGUUUUGUACAAAGAUAUCAUCACCGUGUAUUUAUGUAAUUUAGCCGCUUCAUCAUUUCGAAAACAAAUAAAGGGAACUCUGAGACCGGGCGCGCGGGAAGGUCGCGAUUUGUUUUGUGGCACAACACAACGCAGGGCGGAUAAUGAGACGGUUUACUGCUGUGACAAAUAACAGGCAGAGCGUCUUUUUUUUUUUCAGUUCGAUGUAACGUUAAUCGGCUCGUCGACGUGCUUUUUUCUGCGCAGACGAAAUUAGAGCAUCGUUUGCAUCCUAAUGAGGAUUCGAGGGUUAUGAUGCAGGAGAAACGCUCCUCAGUGAGACGGCUCCAUCAGAUGUGACCUUUUGUGUUUGUGACAAAAACGCCAACUCAGGAAGAGUGUGUGUGUGUGUGUGUGUGUGUGUGUGUGUGUGUGUGUGUGUGUGUGUGUGUGUGUGUGUGUGUGUGUGUGUGUGUGUUAAUGAGUAGCAGAGGUUGAUGAUGAACAGUCCAGAUUGUGCUUCAGAUUUUAUUUCCACAUUUUAGCAGUCGGUUGUUGCAGUGGCGGUUGUGUUUCCAUGGAGAAGGCUGCAGCAUGUUGAGAGUUAAAGUUGCUAAUUUUCAUAAUUGUAGUGAGAGAGUUAAAAUCCACAGAGAAUUAUCUGUAACUCUUCAGCUCCUCUCAGCUCGACGGAGCACUUUAAUGUCUUUAACCCUCUUUGGUAUAAAUUUUGAUGCCAGUUGGUUAAAAAAGAACAAGAUAAUUACCAAAAAGAUAAACUGAAUAAUAGAUAAUUAUCA